CGUGUUCUAAGGCAACACAAGGCAAGCCCCCACCAGCGAAAUUCCCAACAAAAUUUGGUUGAAGACAUAGUUUACAACUUUGAAAGUGAUAAGCCACGAGCUUUUUGAUUUUGAAGGGUGGCAACAAGCACAAUCGACUGAAAAUGCCUCUAAAGGCCUUGACGUCCUCUCCAGCCAAACUCUGUCGUGGACUACGGCGGACCAGCGAUCCGAAUCCCGGGCGCAAGACACAAAGGAGGUUGAAGAAGAGUUCCUUCGAGAAGAAUUUCGACGAGGAACUUCUCCAGUUCGUGCACCGCAGCCCUGCCAACUUGUCGGGGGAGGGAACCAGGGAGGCGAGGGCGCCAACCCCCUCGCUCCCUUACAGCAAGGAUUUCGGAAGCUUCGAUCUGACGCUAUGUCUGGCGGGGGACGGCCGCUGUGUGGUGCUCGUGGAGUACGAGCACAGGGUCUUCAUCAAUGGACGACAGAUCUACAUCCAAGAUAGUGGAAUGGUGGUUGACCGGUCGGGCCGACCGAAUGCCCAGUUUCAAGGGUACUACGACCGCGCCAUCGCGGCCAAGAAAUGCCUCAGGGGAAAAGGUUCCAGAAAUGGCGGAAAACGACGGACACGACAUGCGCGUGACAUCAGCAUUCAACGAGAAGAAAUGACGACCAGUUAUGACCGGGAUGGCGGAGGGAAUGACCAACGAGAGAUGCUGGAAAGGAACUGCGGUGUCACAUUUGAAUCGGAGUUAAUUGAGUUGGAGGCAGCGUUUGGUCGAAUCAUUGCCCGUUUGUGUAAAAUUAUCCUUGACGUCAUCGGUCACGAGACCACAGACACGGAGAGUACCGACUCAGACGAUCUUUCUGACAACGGUCAACGCAGGGACCGGCUGCAGACAACACUGGAUAGACUCUCCGACCAGUUCCACUCCGUCAUCGAGCUGAGCUCCAGCCUGAAAGCUCAGCACGAAUCAGCCGAGGCCGUUCAAAACAUGUGGCUGGCAGACGAUGGCGCUUGUCUGUUGAGCGGCGGGGACACGACGGGCCAAAUGGAACGAGACACCAAUGAGAUUGACACGGUGCAAGAUAUCGCUUGCGAGAAGAGUCUUCCCCACUCGUGUGUUUACGUCCCCAAGCCCCAUCAGCUGUGGGAAGAGAACCAGGCGCUAAGAAAGGAUAUCCGAACCCUCGAAAUUGAACUCCAGCAACUGGAGCUACUUCACAAGAAAGUCGAAGAUCAGUUCUUUGACGCCGAGACUGAGCGUGUUGAUGCCCAGAACCAGGUAGCCGCAUUUAUCGCGGAAAAUGAAGCUCUGAAGAAGCAGUUGGACCGGAUGACGAGUAGGAUUAAGGGUGGAAAGUGUGAUGCAGACAGCGUAUCAGAAGGCAGCGCUACCAACUUGCUGAGCCGGUUCGCCAGGAAAUUGUCCGGCUCAUCGAGACAGACUUCGCCGCCAAAGAAGGCCGCUUCGCCACCCUGCUCAUCGUCAGACGAGCACAGCAAUGACGUACUCAAAUUAGAGGCUGCACAUUUCCAGAAUGAGAAAGAACCAAACGUACUGAAGGAAUUUGAGGCACUGGACAGGCAACAUAACCUCCGCUCGGAAAUGAAACGCCUCCGACAAGUCUACAGGAGCAUGGAGGAGGACAUGGAGAAGUUAGGAGAAGAGAACAGGUCACUGCGCGUGAGGGUGAUGAAGAUGGAGCGGGAGAGGAAAGAAAUGAAGGAAAAAAUCCGAGACACGGACAGCAUUUUGGAAGGAAGAAACAGGGAGAUCGAACAGCUGGAUAGCGUCAACUCCAAACUUGACGCCAAGUGCGCCCUCCUGACUUCUGAAAAGGCAUCCUUGGGAACGGAGCUUGUAAGGGUCAACGCUGUCUAUGCGGAAACCAGCAGCAGGUUGAAGACGCUCGAGAGGGAGUUGGUGGAGCUGGAAAAUAAACACAAGGAGGCAGAGACAGAGAAGCAGCAGUGUCUGGACAAGCUCGACCUGCUGAACCAGUCCCAUCUGGAAGAGUGCAACAGAACCACCAAGCUCAUGAAGGAGAAGACUUCCAUUGAAGGUCAACUGAGCAGGUUGAGACGGGAACAUGGGGAUGUUGCCGCCGAGUUGGACAAGCUCAGGGUGGAGAAUGCCGCCAACGCCAAAGGCCGGCUUCAGGCAGAGAAGGAGGCCGGAAGACUGGAGUUGGAGCUUCAGGAGGCUGAGAGAUCCCGGACGGAGUUGGCUGAAAACUUGUUCCAUCUUCGCCGGAAUCUGGCCAAGUCAGAGACCAACUGCAAGUCCCUGGAGAGGGAGGGCGGGGAAAUGAAGAACAAAUGCAGCAAGUUGGAGGCCGAAGCUGCUGAGUUGCGGUCCAAGUCGGAGGAGUUGUACCUGGGCAACCGGAUGCUCGAGGAGGAGAAUUCCUGCCUGAAGGAGAUGAACCGGGAACUGCAGAGGGAGAAUGCCGAAAUGCAGGACACCGUGGCCUCUCUGACGGACGCCAAUGCCGGCAUCCGGGCCAAGAUGAGGCAGUGGAACCGGGACAACAUCAGCAUGGAGAACAAGAUGAAGAAGCUCAUCCGGGCCAAAGCUGAGCUGCACGGCGUCAUCAGGCAGCUGAACACCGUCCACUCAGACAUCGAGAGCCGCUUCGAGAAGUUGGACAGCGAGUAUGCCGACUUCGAGUCGCGGCUCACCAAGGGAGCGAAGGCUCCUACGACUAGUGAGGAGGACCAGGCUGCUGUUCUUGAGGAAGACAUCCAGAGAGAAUACGAGCAGCUGAAGAAGCAACUUCAAGACCAAGCAGGACAGGGGAAAGCAGGUGGAGAGAAGCUGGAAGGUCGGAGGUCAAAGAUUGAGGUUCAAAGAAGGUCUUCCUCUAAGGGAGUUGACAACUUGAAGAAUGAAGUUGCACAACUAGAGAAAGAAAUACUCAGAGAGGCAGGAAAUUCAGGAGGGCUGAAAGGCAGUCCCCGUCUUGGGAAUGAUGUGACUUUUGUGUCAGCCUGUAGCGACUUGGAAUCGGAGGAACCAGGACUGUGGUGGGACGACAUGGGCGAACUAAAUACCUCAGUCAUAUCGGGAAAUGAGGAUACAACGGUCCGAAAGUAGAAUGCCACUGCAAAUGUCAGUUUAGGUCCAAAUUAAAGAAUAGUCUGUGGAGAUGUCUGGGGGAAGUCUGAAAUUAUAAAACUUUCCAAGAGACAAGAUGUCAAGGGGAGGGACUGUUCGUUACCAGUGUUUGAGGGGACCCGGGCUUAAGGCCGUGAAUCACACUGUAUUUUUUAAACAGAAAACAUUCCGUAGAGUAGCACAAUUGAUAUCUCGAUGGAGUGUCCUUUAAUUUAAAACAGGGAUUUAUGAUCGUAUCCCCUGACUUCUUAUGCCUUUGUUAUUUGAGCUUGUGAACUUCAAAGUUUAUAUAGGUACGCUCUCAUAUUUCUGCUCUGCUUAAAUCGAUUAUGUAACAGUGCCACACCUUUUUAUGAAAAGGACUGCCUGAGGGAAAUUUGAAUAAAACAAUCAGAUACCACUUCCAA